AUGGCUAAUCGAACGGUCAAGGAAGCACCUACAAUCAAAGGUACCAAUCCGCAAUAUUUGAUCGAGAAAAUCAUUCGAUCUCGAAUCUAUGAAUGCCGAUAUUGGAAAGAAGAUUGUUUUGCUUUGACAGCGGAAUUGGUUGUUGAUAAAGCGGUAGAAUUGAAAUAUGUCGGUGGAGUCUCCGGUGGUAAUAUUCGACCUGCACCGUUCCUGUGUUUAAUCCUGAAAAUGUUACAAAUUUGUCCGGAAAAAGAUAUUAUUGUCGAAUUUAUCAAAAAUGAAGAAUUUAAAUAUGUUCGUGCACUUGGUGCAUUCUAUAUGCGAUUGGUUGGAACUUCAGUGGAAAUUUACAAAUAUUUAGAACCACUUUACAAUGAUUAUCGUAAAAUGAAGCGAUUGAAUCGAAAUGAUAAAUACGAACUAGUUCACAUGGAUGAAUUCAUUGAUGAAUUACUGCGUGAAGAACGUGUGUUAGAUGUUCAAUUACCUCGUUUACAAAAGCGCUGGGUUCUCGAGGAAAAUAAUCAAUUGGAAGCACGUCAGUCUGUCCUUGAUGAAGAUAUCGAUGAUAAUGAAUCAAGUGAUGAAGACGAGCAGGAAGAAGCGAAGAAAGUGCAAAAGAAAGAACAGACAACAGAUAAGCCAAAGAAAAAAUGGAAAGAUUAUGAUAAACCCGAAAGAUCACCUUCGCCUCGCCAUGGUCGAUCGCCAUCACCACGAGAAAGAAGUUCAAAGAAAAGAAGACGAUCAAGAAGUCGAUCAAAAUCAAGAUCACGUUCGCGCUCACGCUCACGCUCACGUUCACGUGAACGCCGAAAGAAACACUCAAGUCGACAUGAACACCGUGACAAGAAAGAACGAGAUCGCGACAGAGAAAAAGACAGACAUCGUCGAGAUUAA